GGUCCUCUAUUUUUUUUUUUUAAAUCUAAACCUUUCAUUUUAGGGUUUUAUUUCCUCCUAAAUGCCAUCCUUUACAGUGUUCAUGGCGGAUGAGCAGGGGAAAUUUAAGCGCACGAGACAAACAAUUUGGGAAAAAGAAAAAUCUCUCCGAUCCACUCACAAAACCACAUCGCCCUCACACUCAACAUCACUCCUAUGGUAUACAUCACAAAAUGACCUUCUCCAAAACGCAACGCGAGCACACACGCCCUUUUUUGUUCCCUCACAUCACCUUCUCUUCCCUCUGGAGCCACGUCGACCAGCAGUAAUACAAGGAGACUUAAACCCUUGCCACCAUCGAAGCUCCAUCCCGACGGAAUAACACCCUAACUCAGCUCACUCUGUCAAAGACCAACAAAUACUUCCAUUAUACCCAGCUUCAUAAUCUUCAUCUAAUCUUUGCUUCUCCUUAAAUGCGCGGUCUCACCAUCCGGCCAAAAUCAUCUCAGUCUACAUCUUCCUUGUAUGCUUUUACUCCACACUUUGUCAGCAGUUCAUCACAGACGCAGAGAAGAUCCACGACAAGUCACACCUCAACAGUCGACGCUCCCAACAUCUCAGUUCAUACCCAACUACAGUUAUUCACUGCUACUCCGCUUUCAGACAUAGAGGCACGAUUAAAUCUCUGGAGUUAGAAGGCUUUUGUAGGAAAUACAUUUCCAAUGCAAAUGUCAGUUCCCCUUCUGGAAGGUCUUUCCUGCUACCAAAUAUUGUAGUGAACCACGGAUAUGGCUUUGGAAAAUGAUCAAUGAUAUACAUGAAUUUCAUUGGGUUGACCAAGUAUUCUGUCUCCCAUAAAAAGUUGGCAUUUUGUGGGUGAAAAAGGUGGGUUUCUCAAUUGGUUCCGUUAAUUUCUAGUUGUUGUACCAUCUCAUUUUGAAGCUCGUGAUAUGGUAGGAUGAGCUGCAUGAAAUAGUAUUUAGUUAUUGAUUGCAUAUAGCCACCUUGGUCAUGAGAAAUAAAUGAUCGCCUAAAGUUUUAUACUCCUUCCAUGGCAUUUCGUUCCCAGCACUUUUUGAGUUUUCGUGCACACCUGAACAAAAGCAGGUGCCUAUACUUUUGUUCAUCAAUUUCAUUGUUUCCAUUUUCAACCAUAGAUACUCAACUAAACACUUUAGAUGCUGAACCAUUGGUGAAUCAGCUCAAAGACCAAGUUAAUCUCAAAGAACGUUAUGUUCUUGAUGAACUCUCUAAUUUGUUACCAAGAGAUCCUAGCACCGCAAUCCCCCAUCCAUAUAAACACCAACAGCUAAAUAAGCUCGGAGAAAUAAGAGUUGUUACUGAUAGGUUUUUAUUGCCUGAAGAGAAGUUGAGAGGAGUAUUUCUUCAGAAAUUGAAGGGAAAAUCAGCAAUUGAAAGUGCCCUAUCCGAUACUGGUGUGAAUUUGAGUCUAGAUGUUGUUGUUAAAGUACUGAACAGAGGGAACUUAGGAGCUGAAGCAAUGGUUAUGUUCUUUAAUUGGGCUAUGAAACAACCAAUAAUACCCAAGGACAUUCAUAGUUACAAUAUAAUCAUCAAGGCACUAGGCAGAAGGAAAUUUUUUGAUUUUAUGCUGAAAAUUUUGAAAGAAUUGAGCGCAGAAGGUAUAAAAGUUAAUUUGGAGACCUUAUCAAUUGUUAUGGAUAGCUUAUUCAGAGCUCGACGUGUGUGCAAAGCAAUUCAGGUGUUUGGAAACUCAGAAGAGUUUGGGUUUGAAUGUAACGCUGAGUCAUUGAAUGUGCUUCUGCAGUGUCUGUGCAGGAGGUCACAUGUGGGUGUUGCAAAUUCAUAUUUCAAUUCAGUGAAAGGUAAAAUAUCAUUUAAUAGUACAACAUAUAAUAUUAUUAUUGGUGGGUGGUCAAAAUUUGGACGGGUUAUUGAGAUGGAGAGGAUUUUUGAGGCAAUGGUUCAAGAUGGUUUUGCUCCUGAUUGUUCAACUUGUUGUUGCCUUAUUGAGGGUUUAGGAAGAGCUGGUAGGAUUAAAGAAGCUGUUAAAAUUUUUGACAAUUUGAGGGAGAAAGAUUUUGUGCUAGACACUGGUGUUUACAAUGCUAUGAUUUUUAAUUUUAUUUCAGUUGGAGAUCUUGAUGAGUGUAUGAAGCAUUAUAGGUGUAUGUUGAGUGAUAAUUGUGAUCCAAAUGUUGAUACUUAUGCCAAAUUGAUUUCUGCUUUUAUCAAAGCCCGAAGAGUGGCUGAUGCACUUGAAAUGUUCGAUGAGAUGUUAGGUCGAAGGAUUGUUCCUCCAACAACGACAAUAACUUCUUUCAUUGAACCUCUAUGCAGCUUUGGUCCACCACAUGCUGCAAUGAUGAUCUCCAAGAAGGCAAGAAAGGCUGGUUGUAAAAUAUCACUCACUGCCUAUAAGCUAUUGCUGAUGCGGCUUUCUAGAUUUGGUAAAUGUGGAAUGCUGUUAAAUAUAUGGGAUGAGAUGCAAGAAAGUGGUUAUUCAUCUGAUGUGGAAGUUUAUGAGUAUGUCAUUAAUGGACUUUGCAACAUAGGGCAGCUUGAAAAUGCUGUACUUGUUAUGGAGGAAUCUUUAAGCAAGGGCUUUUGCCCAAGCAGACUCAUAUGUAGCAAACUAAAUAACAAACUACUUGCUUCAAGUAAAGUAGAAAAAGCUUACAAGCUCUUUUUGAAGAUCAAAGAUGCUCGUCGAGAUGAAAAUGCUCAGAGAUUUUGGCGUGCUAAAGGCUGGCACUUUUGAACUAUUCAUCAAUGCAUGCUCCAAAAUCUCUUUAAUGUCAGCCUUCCCAAGCCCUCCAGUACUGGUGAAGAAUUUGAAGCAAUUGAGUUUUUUACAAGUUCCUUCUCAAAGAAAUUUUGGGAAAGUGAAUUUGCAAUUGUAUGGUCUCAGUUUAUGAUGCUAUCUCAAAAGACCUAUGGAAGAGGUGUUGUGGUGUUAAGUGCCAGGGAGGUAGGCCUGGUAGAAAACCUCUGUCACCCAGGAAGACCGAAGAGUACAAUGAAGUUUGUAAAAAUUUCAAGCAUCCAUUGUUGCCAUGGGUUUUUAGUGGAUCUCCACAGACUAAGAAAUUGAAGGAUAUUCUCCUCAAGUUCUUAGCCAUUUGGGCCCUGAUAAUUUGGACAACCUGAAUAAGUUGGCAGAGCAGAUCCAGAAGUAGGUGUGGAACACAGGUGCUACAGUAACCACAACACUGGAGGAUGAUGAUGAUGAUGUCCCGGAGCUUGUGGUUGGGCAGACGUUUGAAGCUGCUGCAGAAUAGGGUAGCGCUGCUGCUUAGGGAGGUAAAGAAAGAUUUUCUGCCAUUUUAUAUACUUCUAUAUUUUUGUAUUUGUAACUUUGAUCCUUUAUCGUAUGUUUUAGACACAUUAGAUGGUUUGAUGUUUUGAUCCUAUUUAUUUUUUGAGAAAUUUCUGAUUGGUUGUCAUUAGUUUACCA